AUGAAGAUGGGUCACUCGUAUCAACAAAUCCUGAUUGGCUCUCCGAAGGAGUACAUUCCACGAUUCAUCUCAGCGAAAUACUCUGCUGCUGCUUUAGGAAGGUCCACUGAUAUUCUUGAGGUUGGGAUGCUGUCCAGGGGUAUGGAUUCCCUGUUGGAAGAUGUGAUGGACAAUGACAAGGACUCCCAAUUACACUCCAUUAUUAUGACCCUCCUACACCCCCGUCAUCCUCGUAGUGCCAGCGAGCCUCUUCAAGAAAUCAAGGAUAUUAAGGACAAGAGCAUGUUCAGCAUGACAUUCACACAUGCAGAGCUACACAUGUUCAGCGUGACAUACACACAUGCAGAGCUACACAUGUUCAGCGUGACAUACACACAUGCAGAGCUACACAUGUUCUGCGUGACAUAUACACAUGCAGAGCUACACAUGAUCUGUGUGACAUACACACAUGAAGAGCUACACAUAUUCAGCGUGACAUUCACAUAUGCAGAGCUACACAUGUUCAGCAUGACAUUCACACAUACAGAGCUACACAUGUUUAGCAUGAUAUUCACACAUGCAGUGUUACACAUGUUCUGGAUGGCAUUCACACAUGCAGAGCUACACAUGUUCAGCAUAACAUUCACACAUGCAGAGCUACACAUGUUCAGCAUAAUAUUCACACAUGCAGAGCUACACAUGUUCAGCAUUCCAUUCACACAUGCAGAGCUACACAUGUUCAUGAUACCAUUCACACAUGCAGAGCUACACAUGUUCAUGAUACCAUUCACACAUGCAGAGCUACACAUGUUCAGCAUUCCAUUCACACAUGCAGAGCUACACAUGUUCAUGAUACCAUUCACACAUGCAGAGCUACACAUGUUCUGCAUGGCAUUCACACAAAUUGGUGUAAAGCCACUGAUGCAUGAGAAGCCUGAAGGUCAUUUGUACCUGAAACUGUUUGGACAUGAGCUUAUGUACAUUGAUCUGGGAACACUCGUCCCACCAUCUGACAAGCCAUCCAUUAUGGCUUUACUGAAGGAGAAACUCAUUCUGUUGGACUCCCUUAAACAACUGCUGAAAUCUCAGAAGUCCUACCUCCUGCCUCUGCUACAUACCACGGUUACCACAGAGACAGGCCUGCCACUCUGGGUCAAGCUGGACAAGCAGGGAUUGGUCAGACUUCAUGGAGAUAUCAAUGUCAACGAGGGGCCUGCUUCCCUAGCUUCAAGCUCCUUACUAACAAAGAUUGAUUCUCUAUUAAACGUCAGAUCAAGCGGCUUCUUCGAAAUGCGAGCCAAGGUUGAAGUUGGAUUGAGACACAUUUGGUCAGGGGUUGAGAUGAAAUGUUCGGCCCAUAUGGACGCUCCGCUUUCCCUGAAAGUCAGCAUGGACCCAGACAUUACCAAAAUGAUCAUUAAAGUGAAAGACCAGAAGCCUGCACAGCCCCUGAAGCUUCAGUCCCGUGUUCACACCAUGAUCUGGAGGGACCCUUCGAUGGCUGAGUCCUACCUGCUGCCUGAUGACAGCCUGGAAAUCAGGGCUGUUGAUGGGGUUAGGCCUAAACCUGUCAUGUAUGAAAUAGGCGAAGAAAUUUUGGGCCGAAAGUUGAUACUGGAGGGAGAGUUACUUGAGAGGAAGGAUGAGUUAUCCCCCUUUGCACCUUUGACAGGAAAGCAAACCCUGAGGCUGAAGUACAAGCCCCUGAUCCCAGACGAUCUUGUCAUUCAACUGCAACAUGUCAGAGAUUCAAAUGACAUCCCAGAAGAUGAACCUUCUUCAGGAUGGUUUCCGCCUUUGAGUUGGUUGGUCCCCAGCAGCCAGGCUGGUCAGGAAGAAGAUCCAGAAAGUGACAGUCCUGUGGAAGACUUUAUUGACCUCGAAACGAAAGAUCUCACCAUGGAUCAACUUAAGAAACGAUUUAAGAAAGACGCAGAGAUCUUGAAAUCCGGACCAAAGUGUGGCUUUGUCUUGCGGCUAGCAGAUGCAGGCUCCCAGCCCAGUCAUCAGGUCCAACUGGCCACACUUUAUCAACGGGAACCAGAAGGCAAGGUGGCUUACUCUGUGGAAGUCAGACGAGCACCAAAACCAGAUGAGGAUAAGUCAUGGAGGCUUGUAAUGGACAUGAGACUGGAGCUGGCUGACCAUGACAUAAAACCCUCCGAUAUUCUGGAUAUUGAGUACCAGAAACACAUUCAACACCAGAUUCACAUGUCCAUUUCUGAAGAUGGGAAACGGAUUGAUUCAUUGCUAGAUCUUGGCUCAGACUUCAUUGACAAAGCUUCAAAACAACUCAAAAAGCUCUUGAAAAGGGACAGACUUGAUGAAAUCAUUGAUGACACAAUCAAUUACAUGAUCCAGAAAACAACAGAUCCUGAAUCUAUACACCUUCAAGAUGUUAUUCAGAAGCAACGCAGGGUGGAAAAAGAAAUUGAUGGGCUUGGUAGGAAACUAAUUGAUAUUAAGUAUGUGAAGAAAGUUCUUGAUGAAGUUACAAUGAAGAUUGAGAAAUUGGAACACAUCCUACAUAAAACAGAGGAAAUGUUGGACAAGAUUCCUGAAGGAGAUCAGAAAGCUGAAGAUGCUGUUGCAGUCUUGUACAUUAUGGACAGUCAAAAAAAGGCAGAAAAGAAAUUAGAUAAAAUAGCUAAUAAACUUGCACCAUACCUAAGUGUUGCUGAGAUAGAAGAUUUGGAGCAAAAGAUUGGUGAACAGAAGAAGAAACUUGAAGAGAUUCAAAAGAAACAACAAAAGCAUACUAUUGCUAAACAACCCUCUGAGAUCCAGAAAUCAUCCCUUGAAGUGAAUCCCGAAGAAAAAGAUAUAUAUUCACAUCUUGUUGAGGUUGAGAAAAUGCUUACAACUCCUGCUGCCAGUAAGAAUAAAGAUAAACCAAUGACAGAAUAUGAUGAAAUAAAAGAAAAGAGGAUGAAGGACAUUACAGAUAAUCUAAAAUUGUUGAAGGAAAAAAUUGAUGAAAAACUGCUCAAGGAACCAAGACUUGACAAAAUGGUGCGUGUGAAGGUCCUUGAAAUUUUACUUAAACAAAAACUUGUUGACAAUGAGAUAGAGAAAGACUUGAAAGAACUUGACAAGAAAAUCAUGAUUAGUUACAUCAGUCAUGGACAAUCUUCUAUAGAUAAUGUGUAUGACGUAGGGAGAAGGUCUUUGCUACAACAAAAGGCUGUACUGAAAAAGGCGACCAAAGAAUUGGCUGAACGAUUAGCUAUUUCCCUUCAGAUUGAAAAAGGAAUGAAGAGUCAGUUAGCUUACCUUAAAGUAGGUGAUAAAGAAGCAAUUGAUGAGCUGAAGAAAAUGGAACUGAAACAAAUUCAGCAUCUUGAAAAUUUGAAGAAAAAAGAAAUAUCCCCCGAAGAUCUCAUGAAACUAAUGGAUGACUUAAAGAAAUCUAAAGACAAAAUAAAGAAAAUAAUAGAUUCACAAGAGAAGAGUAUUAAAGACAAAGAGGCAUCUGUGACAUCCCCUGUUGUAGAAAAGAGCUUAAAAUCUCUGGUGCAACUGUCACAACUGUUAGAAAAGGUUGAUAAAGCAGCCAAGGACAAAAUGAAGGAAAAGAUGAUUGAAGGAAGACAAUAUGGUGAAGAUUAUAAGCAGAUUAAGAGGGAUACUCAAGAAAUUAAAAGUGAGAUCAAACACAUGACCAUAAAAUGUGAAGACCUGUUGAAAAUGACAAAGAAAGUGAGUAAACUACCUGACCAUGAGGUGGAUGAAAAACUUAUACCAAGCGACCAACCCUGCUCAAAACUAACCAUUUUGAAGAAGUUGCUCAAGGUCAAGACACAUCAGAUGGAGUUGACACCUUCUCUUAAGAAACUGCGUAAGCUUAUGCGUUCCCCAUCCCCAACAGGAGCCGUGGACAAAUCCACUCACUUGGUCACAGAGAAGCACCUUCUGUAUGAUGUCAUCUCUAAGCUGAUAAAGGCUCAGGAGGAGUCAGACACGAUUAAAGAUUACCUGCAGCAUCCAGAGAAGUCACAAUGUGAGACCCCUGAUAUGUUGAAGGAGGUUUCCGACAUGCAAGACAAACAGAAAACACUUAUUGAUGAGGUGGAAGAUAAACUAAGGGAGAAGUCCAAAUCUGAUGUAUCCUUGCUUCAACCGUUGCAGAAAAUCCAGCAACUUAAGGACCAAGUACAGAGACAGAAGCAUGAUCUGGACAUUCUAAGAGAUCUGAAAGGUGACAAAAAGGAGAAAAUGGGUGAAGAGAAACAAAUGGAAUAUCAUUCCUCGAAUAGCAGAUCAAAGGACAUCUCUGGCAAGAUAGCAAUCAAGUAUGGCAAGACAGAUGAGUUGGAGAACAUGAUAACUAUUCUGAUCCUGAGCAAGAAGUCAGUGGAACAGCUAAGAUGGGAGAGAGAACAGCAGUUGCCAGGACGACAGGACCCACUGGUGAGGAGUUACCUUGACGACAGAAGGUCACCUGAUGAUGUUACCUCCCCUGUGUACAUGGAGCUCAAGAAGAAACUGAACACUAGGAGGCAUUUUGAAGUGCUUGUUGCUUAUCAGGAUGGUCUCCCUGAGCCAGUGAGAAAGAUGGUAUGGAAGAGCCAGGAACUGAUGAAAUACAUGUACAGUGACAAACUGACCCUGGACAUGCCCGACCAGGACAGCAAUAUGAUCACGGUCAAGGCUGAAUUCAGGAUGGAUGGCAAACAUAUGGAUCUAGAGAUCAAGACUCCAUGCGAGACAGACAUCAUCAGGGACAUCAGAACCCCAGAACUGGUAAAGGAUAUUUCCCUUCAACGCCCCAUGGAGGACAAUUUACUGCUACCACUGUUACCUGAACCUGUCUCCUGCCAUGUCAGCCCAAAAAGGGUUAGGACCCUGGCACAGAAGACAUUUGAGAAGGAAGAUGUUUCCCCAGAGUGUGAGAGGGUGCUGGCUAUGGACUGUUCUGACAGGCAUUCCCUCCUUAUCUCCAGCAAGCCCCUCACCUCACAUCCAGAGAAAAAGAUUGUUAAGAUUCUGUCAAAGUCCCGGAAGGUGGAGAUGAUCCCUGACCCCAAGUCCCUUUCCCCACAAGUAAAGGUUGAUGAUGAACCAAUCGUAAUGCCUGCAGGUCAGGAGAUGUUAAGGGUGAGCAGCCCUGACAAAAAGCCAGUGUGGCUGAGAAGACUGCCUGGUGGAAGUGUGGAGGUCAGACUGCCCCACAGUGGUGUCUCUGUGCUCUCAGAUGGAACCAAAAUUUCAAUCAAGGUGCCCCCUAUGUUGUCCUAUCGCCUGUGUGGUGUGUGUGGCAGUGUUGAUGGACUGAGAGGCCCACAUUAUGUGGAGUAUCAGGACCCUCGACAGUUCCUGGCAACCUACCUCAUUCCUAGCGACAGAUGUGUGGCUUCUGAGGAGCUGAGAAAGCACGGUGUACAUGAGGUCCGAAAGCAGGCCAAAUCAGUCCUGCCCAUGACGGCUACGGACAUAAAGCUGGUAACCAAGAACAGGAUCCCAAAGACAUGUUUCUCCAUCCAGCCAGUAUUGAAAUGCCCGCCAGGGACCCAGCCUGACACAACAAAGUCCCAGCCCAUAACAUAUCACUGCUUGCGGUCAAACAGUGACCGGGCUAACAGCUAUCUGGAAAUUGUAAAGUCCAGAACAUUAGCGGAGAUUAAGGAUAAAGAGCCGGACCUGACCGAGGUCCAUUCCUUACCUGUAUCUUGUGUGAAGAACUAG